AUGUCUUCAACGAGCAGUCAAGCAAGCGUGUCUACCUCGCUCUCCCCACAACCUUCUAGCACAAACCAUUCUAACAACAACAAUGGGCCACUGAUGGGUGGUAUUUUCACCAUGAAUGGAUCACCCAUGCUUGUGGUCGCUUUUCUGGCAAUCGGGCUAUUUAUGGUGACCAUGGCAGCCUUGCCAGCUCCUCGCCCAGGAAAGAAACCGAUUGUGUUAGGAGAGAAACCUGCACUUUGGGAAAUGUGGGAGGCCAUACUGUCAUAA